CCAUCUGCCACCCUCAGCAGUGCUACUUCGCCCCCCGCCACUCCACUCUCCCCCCAAUACACUGUUCCAAGAAGAACAAGAUCUGGUGGCCGGGAUUUGGGACGACGACUAGUUCUCAUCCGCCGGACCCGGCAUUGGAGAAGGUUCGCCGAGAUGGAGCCACCGGAUCCACCAAGAAAAAGGAAUCUGCCUGACGAAGCGGAUGGAAGAGAAAGCAAGAAGAAAAGGGCAAGAUCUGUCGGACCCAUGGGGGUAGCUGGAGAUGGCGACGGCGCACAUCUGGCCAUGCCAGAUGCUCCGGGGGAGCGUUCUUCAGAAGGCACCACAACUGUCUCGGAUCCGGAUGCUGAUGAGUUGGAGAUGCGAACGACGACGAAGCGGAAGUGGAAGCGGGUGCUCGUGGACGAGUACAUCGCAAGCAAUGCCAAUAAGCGUAGGCCUCGGCGUACGCUUGUAGUAGUACCGAGGACACCACCGCCUGAUGGAUAUGUCUUGCGGAGUCUACUGUCCUUUGAGCCAUGGUUCUUCGACUGGAUUGACUUCGGGGUAUAUAACGUAGAACAGCACACAGUCCCACGGAUCAGCGUUUACACAGGAGAGAUAUGCAGGAGGCUUAUUUUUCUCAUCAGGGAGUACCCAGGCAUAUUCCCCACAAAACCCCAGGAUGAAUUCGAUCAUCUGGAUGAAGACGGCAUGAUGUAGUCGGCGAGCCUGGUGGAUUCCUACACCAUGGAGGUCAACGAGAUGCGCUCCGAGCAGCUGAAGCCCUCAUCGCUGCCAGCCAACAAAAUUGUAGGCCAUAUCAAGAGGAGCAUCGCGACCAGGGACACGCAGGUGGCUCGGACAGAAACACAGGAGGAGAUAAAAGGUAAAGGGGUAGCUGACAAAAGUUCAAGCUCAUCGGAUAGCGACAGUGAUGUCGAACCGCUCGAUCCGAGCGUUCACCUAGUAAGGACAAUCUUUCGGGCUGAAAGGAGAGCAUAGAAGCUCCAGCAACUAGCGUACGGAUCCCGGGGGUGGGGGCGGGUGCACGUUCUACA